UAGCAUAUGUGCUGAACUAAAACAUAAAAAAAUAAAGUCUAAAUAACUGUUCCAUUCAAUGUCAAAUCUAUCUAUCUUAUCUUAUCUAGCUAUUGAUGUAUGGAUGUCAGGUCACGUGAGCGCGCUCUAUAAGGAAGCGCGCUUAUAUGGCUGCUGAUGAUGAUGAUGAUAUGACAUGUCAUAUGUGCGUCCAUGUUGCAGAUGUCCAUCGUCAGUGUUGGAGACAUGAGAGGCGCUCUGGACCUCGCUGUCGUCUCACAGUCUCAUCGCAAACUCUUGUGCACCCUCUGGUGCUUGAUAGACUCCAAAACUUCUUUGUGUUGCCUGCUUAGCAGAUUGUCUUCCUUGUCUGUGAGGCUGCUCAUUAUUCAGAGACACCCGGAGCUCAGGUCAUCUGCAGCUGCUGCGCUCAGGAACAAGAAGAAGAAGAAGAAGAUGGCGAUCGUCCUGCUGCUGUAGACCGGGAACAACUUCACGGAAGAUCUCGAUCCAGGAUCCAGCCGUUUCCCUGAUUUUCCAGGGAGUGCUGAGCAAUGGAAGUGCUCCAGUGUGAUGGCUGUGAUUUCCGUGCAGAGUCUAACGAUGAGCUGAAGGCGCACAUACAAGACGUACACACGGCUUUCCUUCAGCCCACAGACGUGAGAGAAGACGAUGCGUCGCCCCGGAGGUCCAGGUCAAACUCCUUAAACUCCCUCAGUCCUAUAGAAGAUGAAGAAGACUCAACCAUUAAUGACGACAGCUCCAUGAAAAAGGACGCAGGUCUCCACACCUUUAACAAAGAUCUCGUGCACCUCUCCGUUUCAAAACAAACGAAACGCAACCAGUCACCAAAACCUUCAAACAAACCAUUAAGCCCAUUUUACCAGUGCAAGUCGUGUGUGCGGUACUUCAGAUCCAGCUCUCUUCUCGGUGAACACACUAGAAAGGUCCACAGUAUCCCCAGCGAAGCUUCGGCAAGCGAUGAGAGCUCUCGCAACACUUCCAAGCAGACCGUCUGCUCCGUUACCGCACAGGGUGGUGUAGGAACAGUCUUCUCUUGCCAAUAUUGCACUUAUAAAUCCCCACACAGAGCACGGCUUCUAAAGCACCAGAAGGUGCAUCACAAAGAUGGUCUACUGGGGAAUUCUCCAGUGGCAGCGAAGGUUUUGGCCAUGGACUCGGACGCCUCCUCCGUUGAGGAACCAUGUGAGGAAGAGUCACAGGGGGAUCUUCUAGAACGUCAUGUGCUGGAGUCCAUGAUCAAACCUCAGUCAAGAGGAUGCUUGAACUGUGAGUGGUGUGGCUUUCAGACUCAGCAGAGGCAGCAGUUAGCUCAUCACAUGAUGAAGAAGCACCGUAACAUGGUGAAGAUCAUGGCGUCAUUGCAGCAGCCCAAGAUUCAGGAUGGAAGCGCCGGAUCCAGCAAGUCUGAUUCCGCUUCUUCGAGGAGAAGCACUCCAACCUCCAAUGUGAUGCUGAAUGAUCUAACAAGCAGCGACGGUUCCUCCAUAAACGUCACAUCAAUCAAAGUGCCCUCCGGUAACGCAACACUCACGCCCACUUCAGGGAUAUCACAUUUUCAGUACGCACAGCUCACAACAAAAAUACCCAACAGCACAGGAUCUUCCAUACUGUCCGAGAGAUCAACUUUCGUCACGUCAGAUAUGUCAAACUCUACUGUGGAUCUUGACGCCAGCUUGUUGAAUGAUUCCAGAAGCAGUUCAGAUGAGGGACCCUGUGACUUGGAUGAGCCCGGUUACACGGAAGCUUGUGAGGAUUCGACUAAACUUCUCCUUUCGAAAGAGGAUAAUGACCUGCUGGAGACCAAAGGAGUUCCCUUCAGAAGACACAUGAACCGGUUCCAGUGCCCUUUCUGCUCCUUCUUAACCAUGCAUCGUCGUAGUAUUUCACGUCACAUUGAGAACAUUCAUUUGUCUGGUAAAGCUACGGUGCAUAAAUGUGACGAGUGCCCCUUCCUUUGUACCAACCCUCUAAAACUCGACACACACAAAAAAUCUCACGCUGGCUCUUCCGAAUGGGGCGUCAUGGACCUGACCAGUGAGAAUCCAGACGGUCAGGCCGAAUGCGCUGAGCCAGUAAAUGGAGGAAAUGGCAGCUCUAAAAUCAACGGUAAGAAAUCCGCUGCAGCAGAAGAGCAGCAGUGUCCUCAUCGGUGCUCACUGUGUAACUUCUCCACGACAACACUGAAAGGUUUACGUGUCCACCAGCAACACAAACACUCAUACUGUGACGGAACUCAAGUCACGAGUCAAGACGUCUCGGUCAAUGAACAACACGACUCCGAAUCAGAGUCGUGCAGCUCUUCAAGCUUCGUUAAAAAAACGCAAACGUCAAUCUUAGGAUUUUCAAACAAGAAGCACCUCAUUGGAAAAACGGCCAGAAAGUCCAUCAACGACCUGCCCUUGGAUCUUUCUCCCGUCAAAAAAAGAACACGGAUUGAUGAAAUAGCAAAUAAUCUCCAGAGCAAGAUUAGUCAAAGCCAACAGCAGGAAGAUGUGAUAAAUAUUGAGGAAAUGGACGGUGAUGUUGAGGAGAACGGCAAUCACGUUGAUUUCGAGACGAGCCAGGAGAGAGAAAACAUUCGAGGGCAGCGCUACACCUUCAACGCUCAGUCCCUUCACGUCCGAGGUCUUCAGAUGGAGCGAGGUGUUGGCAAAAGAAAGUGCAGCCUGCAGUCCAAGCUCAGCUCAAGAAACCUUCCUGUUCAAGUCACUAUUUCUGAUGAUGAAGACGAUUACAGCGCCUCUGCAGAAUCUAAAGAUGCUCCAGAUGGUGUUUAUCAGGACAGUAUAGAAUACACAGGGGAACCCGGAAACCUGUUCUAUUGCAAACAUUGUGAGUACCAAAACAAGUCUGCCCGCAGCGUGAGCACACACUACCAGAGAAUGCACCCAUACAUCAAGUUCAGUUUCAGAUAUAUUCUUGAUCCAGAGGACCAGAGUGCAGUUUUCCGAUGUCUCGAGUGCUUCAUUGAAUAUACCAACUUCAGUGAUCUGCAGCAUCACUAUAUGACACAUCAUCCAGAAGCAAGCAAUGUCCUCAACUUUAACCAACCAGAUCUGGUGUACAUGUGCCGCUUCUGCUCCUACACGAGUCCAAAUGUGAGGAGUCUGAUGCCCCAUUAUCAGAGAAUGCACCCUUCAGUGAAGAUCAAUAAUGCUAUGAUUUUCUCCAGCUACAUGGUUGAACAGCCUCAGAAGGGAGCCGCAGAGUCCCAAACGCUGAGAGAAAUCUUAAAUUCUGGACCCAAGAGUUUCAGCUCCACCUCGUCCGGGUCCAGAUCGUCCUCAAGUCCGGCUCUCAAAAGCAUCUGCAAAACCCCUGAUGCAAGUCUGGAGGCUGAAGCGUUUCGAGAAGGUCUCGGUGGAAACACAGUGGUGUACGACUGUGAUAUUUGCUCUUUUUCAAAUCCCAACAUGCACUCAGUCUUAGUCCAUUAUCAGAAGAAACACCCUGAUCAGAAAGCCUCGUACUUCCGCAUACAGAAAACCAUGCGUGUGGUGUCUGUAGACAGAGUGCAGCCGUCCGGCAACUACAGCUUGUCCAGCACCCCAAAGUCUUCGAAUGUUGUUGUGCCUGCAGCUGCGGAUGAGGACGUGUACUACUGCAAACAUUGCAUCUACAACAACCGCUCUGUCGUGGGGGUUCUGGUCCAUUACCAAAAACGACAUCCAGAGAUUAAAGUGACAGCAAAGUACAUAAAGCAAGCACCCCCCACCCCGGGACUCAUGAAGCUCAUGGAUGAGUUACAGAUCGCCCCACCCAAACAGUUUCUAAAGCAACUGAACAACAAUGGAACUGAGGGCGCGAAUAAUUCCAACGCCAAAGGAGCUUCUGACAAAGGUGAAUCUGAAAUGCUGUUCUUCUGCCAGCAUUGCGACUAUGGAAACCGCACUGUGAAGGGUGUGUUGAUUCACUACCAAAAGAAGCACAGGGAUGUGAAAGCAAAUGCUGACCUCGUCCGCAGGCAUACGGCUUUAGUUAGAAGUCAAAGAGAGAGGGCUCAGAUGAUUCAAGCGGGAAGCUCCACUUCCACAGCAACCGUAGCCAUAGAUGCCGAAAAAUCCAAGUCGUUGCGCUCUAUGAAGUGCAGACACUGUGUGUACACGUCUCCUUACGUAUACGCCUUGAAAAAGCAUCUGAAGAAGGAUCAUCCUACUGUGAAGGCCACGGCCAUGACUAUCCUACACUGGGCUUUUCAGGAUGGUGUGUUGGAGGCUGGUUAUCACUGUGAGUGGUGCAUAUAUUCCCACGCCGAACCCAGCGGACUCCUCAUGCAUUACCAAAGACGCCAUCCUGAGCACAAUGUCGACUACGCUUACAUGGCCAGCAAGCUGUGGGCCGGCCCUGACACCUCCAGCAGCAGACAGGCUGGAAACUCAGAAACAAAGCAUUACCAGUGUAGAGAUUGUGCCUUUGAGGCGUGUUCCAUCUGGGACAUAACUAACCACUAUCAAUUGGUCCACCCAUGGGCCAUCAAAGGUGACGAGUCAGUCCUCAUCGACAUCAUUAAGGGAAAUCAAGCGUCCGACAAGCUUCUCCCACCGUUGGCUAAAGGUCCUGUUUCCAUGUCCAGUCCGUUCAGCAGUCACCAGCAGGAGGAGAACGCAUCCGAGGGCAUCCGCCUGACUCAUGAGCGCCACCCCAAUGUGGUUCUCUCUGCUGCCUCGUCCAUCUCCAACAACCCUUACCAGUGCACCGUGUGUUUGUCCGAGUACAACAGUCUGCACGGACUCCUGACUCACUACGGCAAAAAGCAUCCGGGCAUGAAGGUAAAAGCGGCCGACUUUGCUCAGGAAGCAGACAUCAACCCCAGCUCAGUUUACAAGUGCAGACACUGUCCGUACGUCAACUCGCGAAUCCACGGAGUUCUCACGCACUACCAGAAACGCCAUCCAUCUAUCAAAGUUACGGCCGAAGACUUUGCAGAUGAUGUCGAACAGAUGAACGAAGUGGGAAGCGAAGGGGACGAUAGGUCUAAAACCCAGAGGCAGGGCUACGGUGCGUAUCGCUGUAAGAUGUGUCCUUACACGCACGGCACUUUAGAGAAGCUCAAGAUACACUAUGAGAAAUAUCAUAACCAGCCUGCCUCAGACAUGUUCAGAUCGAAUUCUACUCGAUCUCCAGCUGCACGAGACGAUUCUGUUGCCGAAUGUAGUAACAGCAGUGUGAAUGAAGUGUCCAGGGUUUGUGAUUAUGUCGCUCAGUGUGACAGAAACGCAGUCUUUAAAUGUCAGCUUUGCAAGUACUUCUGCUCCACACGCAAAGGCAUCGCUCGCCACUACCGGAUCAAACACAACAACGUCAGAGCUCAGCCUGAGGGGAAGAACAAUGUUUUUAAAUGCGCCCUCUGCUCCUACACCAACCCCAUCCGUAAGGGGCUUGCAGCGCACUACCAGAAACGACACGACAUCGAUGCUUACUACACGCACUGCCUGGCGGCGUCCAGAACGAUCAGCGACAAUUCCAGCAAGGUGGCGGUGCCCUUAGCAUCCGAAACGGAAACCUCAGCGAUGAGUGAGGAACUGAAGCAGGCGGUGGACAGACGUAAGUGUUCAUUGUGUGCCUUUCAGGCUUUCAGCAGGAAGAGUAUUGUCUCUCACUACAUAAAGCGUCACCCUGGAGUCUUCCCCAAAAAACAGCCCUCAAGCAAACUGGGCCGCUACUUCACUGUGAUCUAUUCUGACGAGGCAGAAAAACCUCCAUCCGCCGAGGUUGUGGAUGUAGUUGAGGUUAAAGAUGAGGUGGAACCCGAGGUCGAGUGGCUGCCCUUUAAAUGUCUGAAAUGUUUCAAGAUCUCCUUCGAUGCAGCAGAGACGCUGGUGAUGCAUUACAACGACUGUCACGACAAAGAACUCAAGCGGGACUUUGUCGCCAUUCUGAGCCCUGCGGAAGACGGGACGGAGCUUUAUCAGUGCACUCACUGUGAAAGCAAAUUCUUGACCCUUCCAGAACUCGGCCUCCAUCUGAGGAACCACAAUGAAGAUUUCCAGAAAAGAACCAUGAGGCAGGAACGAAGAAAACAGCUUCAAAGCAAACUGAAGACUACUGAAGAGCCAUCAGAAGCGAAAGCAGAGAAUAAGGUGGAGAGCACCGGUGAGAAGACUCCUGUUGGCUACAGGUGUAACUUCUGUGUGGAGGUCCACUCCACCCUCCGAGCCAUCUGUAACCACCUGAGGAAGCACGUGCAGUACGGAGAGGUUAAGGAAGGUCAUGUGAAGCAGGAAACUCUGGAGACACCUGUGGCUCUUCCUAUGGUCUCCAACGGCAACCCAGAGGAUGUGGCCGCCGUGGACCAUGACCCUUCGGAGGUGGCUUCACCUCCAUCCGCCGUCCCCAUGGAGACAGAGGAGUCGGUUCCCGUGGAGACGGUGCCGGCGGAUCAGGAGAAGACGCCAGCGGUUCCCGGUCACCCGUGCAGCAUGUGUAACCGCAUGUUCAUGUCCAUGCAGGGCCUGCGCUCUCAUGAGAGGAGUCACUCGGCUGUAGCGCUGGUCAGCAGGAAUGACAAAUACAGCUGUCAGUACUGUCACUUCUCCUCUCCCUUCAGACACAAUUUGGAUCGUCAUGUUCAGUCUCACCACGGACAUCAGAAACCGUUUCGCUGUAAGUUGUGUUCCUUUAAAUCCUCGUACCUCAGUCGCCUGAAGAGUCACCUGCACAAAGCACACGCAGGUGAACACACAUAUAAAUGCCUGUCGUGUCUGUUCUCCACAACCACCAUCAGUCAGCUGAAAGAACAUUCACUGCAGGAACAUGGAGAGACUCUGACGCUUCCCAAACUCAGAGCUGGAGCCGCUCUCCGAACCACACGACCCAACGCCGAACAAUCACCCCCCCUUCACCCAGAAUGCAACGAGCCCGGUGGGUAUCUGGAGCCGUCAGACGUUCAGCAGCAGUUGAGUCAUUUCCAGCAGGCGUCUCGUGUUCAGAGCGACGUGUCGUCCAGCCCGUCUGCGGAGGGUCCCGUGGCUCCCCCUCGACCCGACAUCAUCCUCACCUGUGAGUUCUGUGAGUUCAGCUCCGGUUACAUGCAGAGUCUGCGCAGACAUUACCGCGACCGGCACGGCGGGAAGAAGCUCUUUAAAUGCAAGGACUGCUCGUUCUUCACCUGCUACAAAUCCACGUUCACGCUGCAUGUGGAGGGCGGUCACAGCAGCAGUCCUGAGGAGAUUCCUAAAGAUCUGCGCUGUCCUUUCUGUCUGUAUCACACCAAACACAAGAGCAGCAUGAUCGAUCACAUCGUCCUGCACAGAGAGGAGCGUGUGGUACCGCUGGAGGUGUCGCGCUCAAAGCUGUCUCGUCGUCUGGAGGGCGUGGUGUUCCGCUGUCAUAAAUGCACCUUUACGUGUUCCAGCGAGCAGAACCUCCAGCAGCACGUGGAGAAACACGAGGAACUGAAGCCGUAUCAGUGUCAGCUGUGCUACUACGACAGCAAACUCCUGCAGGAGCUGGAGAUUCACCUGCAACACGAGCACAAGGUGAUCCGUAACUUGGAGCUGGUGGGCAGGGUGAACCUGGAUCAGCUGGAGCUGCUGAAGGAGAAAGUGAAGGACACGAGCGGCAGUGAGGAAGAGGAGCGAGAGGACGCAGAGACUGCAGAGGAAGAGGAGCUGAUGGAUGAGCAGGACGAAGAGGACGACGACGACGAGGAGGAGAUGACAGACAGCCGACAUGAGAAGCCCAGCCACACCACAGAUGUGACGGGCGUUCCGGAGUCUCCGGAGGGCAAACGUUAUCCGUGCGAGUUCUGCGGCCGAACGUUCACGCUCAGCAUGGAAUGGGAACGUCACGUCCUUCGUCACGGCAUGACUGUUAACGGCAGUAAGCAGGACGGCAGUCUGUCAUCAACUCUGCCUCUGAUUGGCCCUGUGUCUGUGACUGACAGAGGCCUGGACCUAUCAAGUAACACUGUGGAUGCUGAGAGGACGCUUCAGUCUGACCCGCAGGACGACAAAGAGAUGCUGGAGACCAAAAGCAACCCUUAAGAGGCUAAACGAAAGCUGUAGAGUCUUCAGUGACGUGCUUCAGAAUGUUUGUUCCUUUGAAAGUUUGUCUGUUCUCGUUCGUUUGUUUUGUUGCAGAACAACAUCGGCUGCUGCGUUAAUAUUCCAUGAAAAAGCUAUGUUUGUUGAAGGUAAUCGCCACGGUAGAUUCCACCUGUGAAACAUUGAGGUUUCGGAUUGUUUGACGUCCUUCAUGUUUGUUUAGUUGCUCAAUCUUACACUGAAUUUUUACAAAGUGUGUCUUGGUCCCUCAGGACAGAUGUUGAUAUAUUGGUAACCAAUAGUGAAUGACACUGGCAGGCGAGUAUUCCGAUGGGAUUCCGGGUCAAACGAGUUCCUCUUGAUAGCAUCACGUGAACCUGUUUUUACUUCAAGCACUUUUUAUCACGUUCAUUUAUUUAAAACAGUGUUACAAUGAUUGGCGUGUACGGUUAACUCACAAUAAACAUGAUGUACAGGUCACGUGAGUAAAGGAAUGUCUUCCACGCUUCCAGUGAACUGACACACACACACACACACACACACACACUGAUAGUCUUGAAGACGGUGCGUGUGUGUGUUUCACAUUUCUGAUAGGAGCUCUGAGCUUUAAAAACACACCAGCCGUAUUCUCUCUCCACGAGGACUCGACCCGUUCCAUCGGAAUGACGCCUGACGGUUUCAGUUUUUGACAUUUUAGCCUUGUGUUAAUCUUCCUGUAGCUGAAUUCCUUGAGGAAUAUUCUCAUCUUAUUUAUCUGGAUAUCACAAGUUUGUUUUAAUGAAGAUUUUAGAGAAUCGUAACCAUCCCCAAAAAACCUCGUAGCAAAUUGCUACUUUUCAAGACUUUGUAUUGCUCUGGAUUUCCCAGCACACCCCACAAACGCUUCACUUAACAAACACAAACGCAUUAUAAAUGCAGAGAAUCUCAGAUGUUGACACAGCAGCUGUAUCAUCGCCUGAUCUUUGAAAGGAAUAUUCCACGUUCACCUGUUCUUUAUUGACAUACCACAGAAAAUCAUCUUGGUUAUAAAGUAAUGUGAAGGGAAAAGUCCGAGCGUGUAAACCUGGUGUGUGCCGUGAUGAAACGUGUUUUAAAUUUCCACACUCAUCAUAUACUGUAAAUGAAUCAUUCUGAAUGACUGUAAAGCCGAGUGAACGGUUGUCUGUGUAAUGUCACAGAUGGAUUGAAUCAGGAAUAUUCCUUUGAAAUGAUGAAGAAAACCGCAGAACGAAAGUUUGAAAUCACUUCCAAAGCUUGUCACCGUUUGUGUUUGUGUAUGUUGACAUGAGAUACAUUCAUAUGGCAGUUGUACAGUAAGGCAGAGAUUGAAUGUGACGGACGAUGCUGCUGGAAAACCCCAAAGCCUUAUAUCAGCCUCCAGAUGCUUCCGUCCAGAAGCAGAAGAAAUUCUUUCUCCAUGAUAACCACGAGCCAUCACACACACACACGUCCAGAAACCCUUUCGACCAAAAGUCUCGCUUCCCAAAGUAGCCCGAGAUAUGAUUGUCUUUCUCGAGCAAUGACUGAACAUUGCUUUGAGAAAACCCAGCGGCCUUCUGGGUAAUGUCGUGCAUGCCGUUUCGCAGCCAAACUCCUCCCCCAUACGUGUUUCAAACUGUGCUGUUGCAGAAACUUCAUUUAAAUGUUGUUCUGAUAUUUAACUCAGAGAAGAAGAAAAAAAACAGAAGAAUAGAAAGAAAAUACGAAACCAAUAGAAUAAUGUUUGUUUUUAGCUCUCCACUGUUCAACGCUGUUGUAAAUUGUCUGGUUAAGAAAAAGAAUAAUAAUAAAAAACAACUCCUCUUUUUGUACCUUUGAGAGUCCUUCCGUUUCCUUCAUAAGGAGCAGCUCAGCCUGUCUGAAAGAAACCCCACGACGUAGAGAAUCAUCAAAGAAAUGAGCUUUUGACACGCUGUGGUAACACACUGGAUAUAUACAGUAUAUAUGUGUAUAUAUAUGCUUUAGUUUUAUGGGUUCCCUUUAAUUCUCUCUCUCUCUUGUACUGUUAAAGGUGCAUCAUAGUUGAACUUUAACCUCUUCUUCUCCAUUUGGCCUUCUGUGAUAAAAAUCCUGAUGAUUUCUGAUGGUUGCUUGUGAUGUCGACUAGACUGGUUGUUUACAGUUUUAUUCCUUUGGUUUUCUCUAUAUUCUGUAAAUAUUGUAAUUCAUUGUCUUUUUUUAACUUGGUAAUAAAGUUAUCAGAUAACGUAAA